AUGUUGCCAGGACUGGAAGUGCAGGUUUACUUGAAAGGGUUUAGGGUUGAAGAGACUUUGAAAAAUUCAUUUUUCACCAUUCCUAUCGUCAUUGAUCACAUGGGAUGUUUUGAUGCAGAUGGCAACUAUCAUGAGCUAGGCCAUGAGUGGGGCACUGGAGAUCCUUGUUUAGUAUUCUUCUGCGAGAAAGAUGGAAUAACUCUGAAGCGCGUAUAUUGUGACUCUGCAAGUCCACCUCGUACUGGCUGCUCUGAAUACAUCCCUGAGGGAGAAUGUUGUCCUAAAUGGAACUGCAGUGGGUGUGUGGACCAUACUGGUUCAUACCGUCCACUCUAUGAUGUCUGGAAGACUGACCCCUGCGCCACACACCUGUGUAUGGAGACUGGUAUCCAGACAACCCAUGAAGACUGUGACCUGGGACCUGCACCACAUCCUAGUUGCUUAAGAAUUUCUCCUUCAGGAGAAUGUUGUCCUGAAUGGAAGUGCAGUGGCUGCUUGGACGCACACGGCAACUACCAUGAACGGGGGGAAAAGUGGAGCACGAUUGAUCCUUGCUUGAUGUUAAUGUGUACCAAGGAAGGAAUAAAAGCUCAAACUAUACAGUGUGAAGUCACUCGACCACCUCCUGGCUGCCCUGAAUAUACACCGAAGGGAGAGUGUUGCCCAAAAUGGAACUGCAGUGUCUGCGUUGACCACACUGGCAAGCAACAUCCGCUUUACGAAGUGUGGAAGACUGACCCCUGCACCACCCACGUCUGUCUGCAAGAUGGGAUAAAAACCUCGCGUGAAAACUGUAACCUGGGUUCUGCACCUCACCCCAGUUGUCGUGAGAUUGUUCCUCUAGGAGAAUGUUGCCCAGAGUGGAAUUGCCGUGGUUGCAAAGAUCUAGAAGGAAAUUACCACGAGUUGGGCCAAGAAUGGAGUACUGAAGAUCCCUGUUUAGUGUUUAUUUGUGCUCGGGAUGGAAUAUCUGCGAGACUGAUACAUGUGAAGAGACUCGCCCACCCCAUAUUGGCUGUCAAGAAUACACUCAAAAGGGAGAAUGUUGCUCUAAGUGGAAUUGCAGUUAACUCUCCGGACAUCUACAACUCGUGGAAACACUGUGUUGACCCCCAAAAAUGUUGCAGGCACAUCAAGGACUCCCUGGCCUUCCAACAGUGCUGUCAUGACAAUGGCUGCUGCACCAAGUUCUGUGAUGACCCGAGUGAAGGUUUCGGGGGCCCCCGUUUCGGCCGUUUCUGGUGCCUCGUCGAACCAGAAGCGGUGGUCCUAAGGUGUGGCCUUCGGGUACCCACUGCCCCUGGGGCUCGCUCCCUCGCACGAGGCAGGUCUAGCGAGGUCAUACAUGGAGAUUCGACUUCCACGGGAUCUUGUACUCUGCUCUCGGCCUUUUUCUCCUUAGCGAAGCCCGCUGCUUACAAGCAGAACAAGAAUAUAGUGGGUGCUGAGAAGCUCCCAUCUAAGGGCUUUUCUAAGCCUCGCAAGUAA